GCCUUUGAUACUGAGAUAAUCUCGCCACUAAACACCAUAACGAAAUCAAAAUGCCUGGAAGAACGGAUGAAGAAACAAAUGCUGAUGUGAGGAUGGAGGAAGAUGGCGCUCCUACAUCACAUCAGCCUGACAACGAGGAGGAGUUUGAAGAUGCGCAGCAGUUCCCAGAAGAAGAGGAUGAGGAGGACGACAGUGAACAGCGGGUUAGGAUUCUUCCCGGCUCUACCGACUCAGCUGCCUCAUUCGAGUUCCGCAACGAAAAUCACACCCUGGGUAACGCACUCAGAUAUAUCAUCAUGAAGAACCCCGACGUGGAGUUUUGCGCCUACUCCAUCCCUCACCCGUCUGAGCCCCUCAUGAACCUUAGGAUUCAGACCUACGAUGGGACGGCUGUGGCGGCUCUCUCCAAAGGGCUCAAGGAUCUGCAGGAUAUGUGUGACCACAUGUUCGAGGAAUUUUCCAGGACCCGCGACGCGUUUCUCAAUGAGAUGCGCGAUUGAUGUUGAAGGGCGGAGCGGCGUCAAACUUCAUUCAGCUCUGCAUCUUGGGGCGUUACAGGAUAUCAAAACAAAUUAGACCGGCG